AUGGCCCUCAAGCUCUCCUUCAGGACCGCAGCGGUGGCACGCCCCCCGGACGAAACAACACCUGGGGCCCGGGGGGCUAUGCCGGCGAAGAAUAAGCAGUUAUUCUCUCAAGAUCGGGCUAAGACGAAGCGGGUACCGGUCGACGAGGACGGGGCCUCAGGAGCCACUUUCACCAUAGGCGCCGACCUCGCCCCGGACCUAGAGGAGGCAUUGGUGAACUUCCUAUGCUUGAAUAAGGAGGUGUUCGCCUGGGAGCCCAAGCAGCUAGUUGGGGUCCCGAGGGGGAUUAUUGAGCAUCACCUAAAGGUGUGCCCUAAUGUGCGCCCGGUGAAGCAGAAGGCACGACAACAGUCCACUGAGAAGCAAUCCUUCAUCGUCCAAGAGACCCGCAAGCUACAAGAAGCAGGUGUUAUCCGUGAGAUCAAGAUGGCGGUAAAGGACGUUGAGAAGACGGCCUUCUUAACCCCGUCUGGGGUGUACUGUUACACCUGCAUGCCGUUCGGACUGCGCAACGCUGGGGCGACCUUCCAGCGACUGAUGAACAUCGCUCUGGGCCAGCAGCUCAAGAGGAACGCUGAGGCCUACAUCGACGACAUUGUGGAUCUGGAGGAGACCUUCGCCAGCCUACGCAAGGUGGACCUGUGGCUCAACCUGGAGAAAUGCGUGUUUGGCGUCCCCUCAGGCAAGUUGCUGGGCUUCCUUGUGUCGCACAAGGGAAUCGAGGCGAACCCAGAGAAGGUCAGAGCAAUAGAAGAGAUGAGCCCGCCACAGACCCUCAAGGAAAUGCAAAAGCUUGCGGGCUGCGUGACCUCGCAGGGGCGCUCCAUCUCCAAGCUGGGGGAGCGCUACCCCAUUAAGGUCGUCUCAGCAUACCCGCUGGAGAGGGUGCUCCGGAGCCCCAAUGUUGCGGGGAGGGUCGCCGAGUGGAACAUCGAAUUGCAAGCAUUCUAG